AUAACAAACAUGUCAGCGCUCUGGUGUAACAUUAGAAGUUAGUUAGAAAUUUGACUGAGUUCUUCUAAUGUACUUUACGGAUACUUGCAACUCUUUGUGAACCAUGUCAUUGCCUAAACAUCAUGUUGCGUUGGUCAGAACACUUUACAAGCGAAUACUGCGGCUUCAUCGGGGACUCAAUCCCGAAUUAAGAGCGAUGGGAGACGAGUAUGCAAAAGCCGAGUUUAAAAGACAUAUGAAGGCCUCACCAGAGCAGACUGUGAAAUUUGUGAAGGCUUGGGUUGAUUACGCCUUUACCUUAUCUAAGCAGUUAUCUGGGAUGGAGCCUAAAGCGUCGUACGGAAGACGUCUCAGCCAUGAAGAAUUGAACAGUUUUAGUGAGGAACAGAUAUACCAGCUGUACCACCUAAACCAAGAAGCAACUGGAAAAACAGAAGAUGCCAGCAGAUAACAUCCAACUUGCAAGAACGAGAACUUACCAAUUGAAAUGAGGCAAUCGGGUGUAUUUAGAAUUGGAAUGUGAAUUUGUGUCGUAGAAGUUUAGAACAUAGAAACAUAGAACAUAGAAUAGAGAACGUCUAAUAAUGUAAUUUUGAAAUCACUUGUGUGAUAAGUAAUAAAGUUUGUUGUUUAUGUUAUUUAUAAA